AUGUCUCAGGAAGAUCUAAACCAAUGGGACCUAGAGAUCGACGAGAAAAUAUCUCACUAUCAGAAACCCAGAACGUUUCCCCAUGCAAUUCCCUAUGCUCUUUGCACUCUCCUUCUGCAGAGGCGCGGUGAUAAAAAAUUCAGGACGAGAAUCAAGGACAUGGUGGAGGUCAUUUGGUCAAAGUUUCCCAGUCAGGCAGAACUAGUGGACGAACAAUGGGCGAGUGAGAUCUAUCACCCCUACAUGGGUCUCAGUUCGCAAUUUCGGUAA